GCAUACAUCAAACGAAAAUUUCAUUUCAUUUCACUUAUAACUAUAAUUUAUAAAUACCUGUAUGCACAUAGCAGUACAUAACACAUAAAAGUGUAACAUAUCAUGAUGAUCCAUAUACGAAAUGCUUUGCUCCUAUGUUUUCUACUUCAUAAUUUUCAUGUCAUCAUUUGCAGCAGCAACAACACAGACAGAGAUAUCCUUCUAUCUUUCAAAUUACAAGUAACUGAUCCAAACAAUGCUUUGUCAAGUUGGAGAACAGAUUCCAAUCACUGCACUUGGUAUGGUGUCAACUGUUCCAAAGUUGAUGAAAGAGUUCAAUCUCUCAACUUAUCAGGACUUAGUCUCUCUGGUAAACUACCCUUUAACCUCUCCAACCUCACUUACCUUCAUUCACUUGACCUUUCCAAAAACACUUUUUAUGGUCAAAUUCCAUUCCAGUUUGGUUAUUUCUCACUCCUCAAUUUCAUUAAAUUAGCUUUCAACAAUCUCACUGGUACACUUCCACAACAAUUGGGCCAACUCCAUCAUCUACAAAGUUUAGAUUUUUCUGUCAAUAGUCUCACAGGUAAAAUCCCUUCAACAUUUGGCAAUCUCUUUUCUCUCAGAAGUCUUGCCUUGGCAAGAAACAAGUUUGUGGGUGAGAUUCCAAGUGAAUUGGGUAAUCUCCACAAUCUUUCACAACUUCAACUAUCAGAGAACAAUUUCACUGGCCAGUUUCCUACUUCUAUCUUCUUCAACCUCCCUUCCUUAGUCUAUUUAUCCCUCACAAAGAACAAUCUAUCAGGCGAGUUGCCGCAAAAUUUUGGCAACGCCUUUCCGAAUUUAAGGACACUAGCUCUUGCAACCAAUAGGUUUGAAGGUGUGAUUCCUAAGUCUAUAUCCAAUGCUUCACAUCUUCAAAUUAUUGAUCUUUCUAACAAUAGAUUUCAUGGGUCAAUACCACUAUUCAACAACUUGAAAAACCUCACUCGUUUGACUCUUGGUAAUAAUUCUCUUACUUCCACCACAUCAUUGAAUUUUCAGUUCUUUGAUUCCCUUAGAAACUCUCCUCGGCUGGAAAUUCUUAUGGUCAAUGAUAAUAACUUGGCUGGAGAUCUUCCAAGUUCUGUUGCAUAUCUUUCUGGCAAUCUACAACAGUUUUGUGUUGCUAAUAAUAAGCUAAAUGGAAGCAUUCCUAAGGGAAUGAAGAAAUUUCAAAAUCUCACAUCCUUCUCUUUUGAGCAUAAUGAUUUCACUGGAGAGUUACCAUUAGAACUAGGAACACUCAAGAAAUUGGAGAGGUUAUUGGUAUACCAAAAUAGAUUGUCUGGUGAAAUUCCAGACAUAUUUGGAAAUUUUACAAAUAUGUUUGUUCUUGAAAUAGGAAACAACCAAUUCUCAGGUAGAAUUCCCACGAGUAUUGGACAAUGCAAGAAAUUGACUUCUCUUGACCUGGAAAGUAAUAAGCUUGUUGGUGAAAUACCAGAGGAGAUUUUUCAACUCUCUGGCUUGACAUCCUUGUACUUACAAGGAAACUCUCUGAAUGGUUCGCUUCCUCCUGAAUUCAACAUGGAGCAACUAGAGACCAUGAAUAUUUCAAAUAACCAGCUGUCAGGUUACAUUCCAAAUAUUGAACUAAAAGGCUUAAAGACUCUUGGGUUGGCAAGAAACAAAUUUAAUGGCACUAUUCCAAAUAGUCUAGGGGAUUUAGCAUCCCUUGUGAAUUUGGAUCUAUCAUCAAACAAUCUCACUGGCCUUAUUCCUGAGAGUUUAGAAAAUCUUGAGUAUAUGGUGAGAUUAAAUUUGUCUUUCAACAAUUUGGAAGGAGAGGUUCCUAUGAAAGGUGUUUUUCUGAACCUAAGUCAGGUUGAUCUCCAAGGUAACAACAAACUAUGUAGCAUCAGCAAUGAAGUUAUGCACAAGUUAGGUGUCACUUUGUGUGUUGCAAGUAAAAACAAGAAAAACAUUUUACUCCCUAUCAUUCUAGCAUGUAUAGGUGCUGCUGUUUUAUUCACUUCAAUGUUCUAUCUAUUGUGGUUGCUAAUGUCUCAAAAGAAGAAACACAAGGAGGAGAAAACAAGUUUGUCAUCAACUCCUCUAAAGGUGUUGCCUCAAAAUAUAUCCUAUGGUGACAUCAAGCUUGCUACAAACAAUUUUGCAGCUGCAAACUUGGUUGGAAAAGGAGGGUUUGGCUCUGUUUACAAGGGUGUGUUCAACAUCAGCACUUGUGAAAAUCAAACCACACUUGCUGUUAAAAUUCUGGACCUACAACAAAGCAAAGCAUCUCAGAGUUUUAGUGCAGAAUGUGAAACUUUGAAAAAUGUUAGGCAUCGGAAUCUGGUUAAGGUGAUCACUUCUUGCUCCAGCACUGAUUAUAAAGGAGAUGAUUUUAAGGCCCUUGUUAUGCAAUUCAUGCCUAAUGGUAAUUUAGAGACGAGUUUAUACCCGAACGAUCUCGAGUCGGGAUCUUUGCUAACCUUGUUGCAAAGGUUAAACAUUGCCAUUGAUGUUGCAUCUGCCAUGGACUACUUGCACCAUGACUGUGAUCCACCAAUAGUUCAUUGUGAUCUGAAACCUGCUAAUGUCCUACUAGAUGAAGAUAUGGUUGCACAUGUGGCAGAUUUUGGAUUAGCAAGAUUUCUCUCUCAAAAUCCAGCAGAGAAACAUAGUAGCACCCUGGAACUGAAGGGAUCCAUCGGCUAUAUUGCACCAGAAUAUGGUUUAGGUGGCAAGGCUUCAACAUGCGGCGAUGUGUACAGUUUUGGAAUCCUACUUCUAGAGAUGUUCAUAGCCAAAAAACCAACAGAUGAAAUGUUCAAAGAAAGCAUGAACAAAUUUGUUUCAGACAUGGAUGAGAAGCAGUUGCUGAAGGUUGUUGAUCAAAGGCUUAUUAACCAUUAUUAUGAAUACUCAACACAAGAUUCCAGCAGUGAUUGUCACAAUGGUGGGUCUGGUGACAGCAGCCAUAGCGAUGGAGCUGAUGGUAACAUACAUUGGAUGCACAAAGUUGAGGAGUGCAUAAUUGCUGCAAUGAGAGUUGGCUUGUCAUGUAUAGCACACCAUCCCAAAGAACGGUGGACCAUGAGAGAAGUCUCGUCAAAAUUGCAUGGAAUUAAGCGGUCUAUCCUAGGCUUGUGAUGUAUGUCUUGUGCCUACUAUUAGGCUUAAACUCAUAAGUAUGUUUAUGCAUAAUUAAGCAGAAAAUCUUUGUACACUGGAGGAAACAAAAUGUGCGGUGGUCUUGGUAUUCUAGGGGUUAAAUAAUUGAUGAGACUGUAACAGGGACUCACAUUUGGUCAAAUGAUGCCAAAACUAAGCAUAUCAUCCACUAACCUUUUAAUUUCAUUCUUUUGAAUGUAAGGAUACCUAUAGGGCGGAUACCUAUAGGGCUAGUCACAAGGUUCCCAAUUUGCUUUGAGUACGUGGUAUGAAUUCGAGUAUGCGGUUCGUUACUUAAGAAGAAUUGAAUACGUAGAGAUUAUAUAUAGUUGGUACGUUUGAGUUUGCGAAAGUUAUAGUUAA